AUGGCAAUAAGUCAAAACAACGUGCUGGAAUUUAAACUAAUUUUAAUCGGCGAUGGUGGUGUUGGUAAAACAACAUUUGUUAACAGAUAUUUAACAUAUGAUAUUGAAAACAAAUGUCGCUACGGAAAAGGUAGCCCCGUAUAUCAGUUAAAAUUUUAUACAAAUUUCGGGGAAAUUACUUUUAAUGUUUGUGAUACCCUAGGUCAAGAAAAAUUUGGCGGUUUACGUGAUAGUUAUUACAUUGGCGGGCAAUGUGCUAUAAUUAUGUUCGAUCUAACGUCACGCAUUAGUUAUAGAAAUGUUCCGAGGUGGUAUAAAGAUUUAGCUCGUGUUUGCGACAAUAUUCCAAUUGUUUUAUGUGGAAAUAAAGCUGAUCUAAAAGAUCGGAAAUUGAAAGCUAAAUCAAUAAGAUUUCAUCGGAAAAAGAAUAUACCAUAUUAUGAUAUCAGUGCACUAUCAAAUUAUAAUCUGGAAAAGCCAUUUCUGUGGUUAGCACAAAAGCUAAGUGAAAAUGAUACUCUUCUAUUCACGUCUCCGGUUAUAUUGCGACCACCCGAACGACAUAUGGACCCAGAAUUAAUCCAAAAACACGAAAAUGAACUACUACAAGCAGCAUCAAGUUCAUUACUCGAUUCUGACGAUGAUGAAAUUUAG